CAGAAGCGAGCAGCGGCAACAACAGCGGCAACAACAGCAGCAGCAGCAACAGCAGCAGCAGCAACAGCAGCGAGCAGCAGCAACAGCAGCAGCAUCAGGAAGCCAGCAACAGCAGCAGGCGGCUGUGGCGAUUUCGGCGGCGCUCCGGGACCCCCGCCCGCCACGAACACCCCUCCGCCGCUGUGGUGGUGGUAGUAGUGGUGGUAGUGGUGGUGGUGGUAGUAGUGGUAGUAGUAGUAGUGGUGGUAGUGGUAGUAGUGGUGGUGGUGGUGGCCACAACCCCCGUGGCGAGAUGAGCACUCACGCCCUGCGCGCCAUCAACAACAACAUGUCAAAUUACAAGCGCACAAGCUUCGACGAUGAGGAGGGGACCGACGUGGUGAUAGAGGAAGGUGUGGCCGACCACCCUCCACAGGUGCGCUUUGGGUACAGCCGCCUGACAGGAUGGGCUCCCGGCCUGCUGAGGAGACGAACUCGUCUGGAGCUGCUGCUGCUCACGCUCACGCCCGUCAUGGCUGUUGCCCUUGCGUCCUGUCUCAUCUUCAUCACCAUCACCAGCAACGACCCGUCGCGUUCAGUGUGCCUGUCCGAGUCGUGCGUGGGGGUGGCGGCGCGCAUCCUCGCCUCCAUGGACCGUUCCGUGAGCCCGUGCCAGGACUUCUUCACGUACGCGUGCGGCGGGUGGGCUCGCAGGAACCCCCUGCCGGAGGGCCGCUCGCGCUGGAACACCUUCAACAACCUGUGGGAGCAGAACCAGGGGGUGAUGCGCGGACUGCUCGAGAACAGCACGGCAAACGUGAGCUCGAGCGAGGCGGAGCGGAAGGCUCACCGCUACUACCAGUCCUGCAUGAACGAGGCCCACAUCGAGGAGCUGGGCGCCCAGCCCCUCGUCGACCUCAUCGACAAGGUUGGCGGCUGGAACGUGACCGGCGCUUGGGACAAGGAUUCCUUCCAGGAUGUGCUCCAGUUGGUGUCGGCGAUGGUGCGCGCCACGCCCUUCUUCUCCGUCUACGUGGGGCCCGACUCCAAGAACUCCAACUCCAAUGUCAUCCAGGUGGACCAACCAAACCUUGGCUUGCCGUCUCGUGAUUACUACCUCAACAAGACGGCCAACGAGAAGGUGCUGACGGCGUACCUGGGCUACAUGGUGGAGGUGUGCGUGCUGCUGGGCGGGGAGCCCAACGCGACGCGGGCGCUCCUGGAGCGCGUGCUCCACCUGGAGACGGAGAUCGCGAACCUGACGACGCCGCAGGAGGAGCGGCGCGACGAGGAGGACAUCUACCACAAGAUGAGCAUCGCGCAGCUGCAGGAGCUGGCACCCGCUGUGGAGUGGCUGCCGUUCCUGAACGCCGUGUUCCACCCGCUGGUGCUCAACGGCACGGAGCCCGUGGUGGUGUACGCCACCGACUACUUGCGCAAGGUUUCCCAGCUCCUCAGCGGCGCCGACAAAACGCUGCUCAACACCUACAUGGUGUGGAGCCUCGCCAAGAGGAUGGCCUCCAACCUCGACCAGCGCUUUGAGGACGCCGAGCAGAAGUACCUGGAGGUCAUCUACGGUACCAAGAAGUCGUGCACGCCACGCUGGCAGGACUGCAUGGAGGACACGGACAACACGCUGGGGUUUGCGCUCGGUGCCAUGUUCGUGCGCGCCACCUUCGACCAGAGCAGCAAAUCCGUGGCCGAGGGCAUGAUCACGGAGAUCCGCUCGGCGUUCGAGGCCGGGCUCGGCAAGCUCACGUGGAUGGACCCCGAAACGAUCGAGGCGGCCAAAGAGAAGGCGGAUGCCAUAUACGACAUGAUCGGCUUCCCGGAUUUCAUCCUGAAGCCAGAGGAGCUGGACAAGGUGUUCACGCAGUAUGAGGUUGUAGAGGAAGAUUACUUCCAAAACGUUCUCAACUACUACAACUUCUCUUCGCGCAUGUCAUCAGAGCAGCUCCGCAAGCCGCCCAGCCGUGACCAGUGGAGCAUGACGCCGCCCACCGUUAACGCCUACUACUCCCCCUCCAAGAACGAGAUUGUCUUCCCCGCGGGGAUUCUGCAAGCGCCGUUCUACGCCCGCAACUACCCCAAGUCACUGAACUUUGGUGGGAUCGGCGUGGUGAUGGGGCACGAGCUGACGCACGCGUUCGAUGACCAAGGCCGUGAGUACGACAAGGACGGGAACCUGCGGCCCUGGUGGAAGAACUCGUCGGUAGAGGCGUUCAAGCGGCAGACGGCGUGCAUGCGCGAGCAGUACGCCGCCUACGCCCUCUCCGGGGAGCACCUCAACGGCAAGCAGACGCUCGGGGAGAACAUCGCCGACAACGGCGGCCUCAAGGCGGCCUACAACGCGUACGAGGCGUGGGUGAGCCACGCGGGGGAGGAGCCGCCCCUCCCUGCCCUUGACCUCUCCAGCCGACAGCUCUUCUUCGUGGGCUUCGCCCAGGUGUGGUGCUCGGUGCGCACGGUGGAGAGCACGCACGAGGGGCUCGUCACGGACCCGCACAGCCCCGCGCAGUACCGCGUCAUCGGCACCGUCGCCAACUCCCCCGAGUUCGCGCAGCACUUCAACUGCCCCCCCGACACGCCCAUGAACCCCGCGAAGAAGUGCGAGGUCUGGUGAGGAGGAGGGAUGAGGAGCGGGAGGAGCGGGAGGAGCGGGAGGAGCGUGGAGGAGCGUGGAGCCACGUGCACAGCGCGCCGCUGUGGGUGGGUCGGCGCCUGCAGGGACGUGCGUGCGUGCGCGCGCGCGUGCGCGUUGCUUGCGAUUGCGUGAGACUGGCCGCUGGUAGACUGGAGCAUGUGGUACGGCACGUGGCCACGUGCGUAGCCACGGCCGUAGCGAGCGGUAUACUUGAUGUGGCGUGCCGGGUCCGUAGAUAUAUUUCGGGUCGCCGACUUCCGACAGAACCGGCUGACAUUUGAAAUUAAGCCCUGGAGAUGUCCCUCUGAGAUCAGCGUUUGACUCUACAGAACUGUGUGCCUGCGUGCAUGUGAGUGUGCGCGCGUGUGCGUGUCUACUACACUGGACGCUGUCUCGUCCGAGGCGGCGCAACCCCCGGGCCAGUAGAGACGCCGGUGGCAGUGGUCGCUUCGUACGUACGUACGUACGUGUGCGCGUGCGUGUGGCUUGUUUUAUUUUGGCAGUCAUCGCAAGUAACAACCAAAAGUGAACACCUUCACUGGAGUCGCCUUAAAUCGGAGGGACGGGCCGAAGGGCAAAGCCGUGUGACGAGGUGUCGCUGCGCGGUGACACGCGGUGACACGCAGACGCGUCAUCCAGUGCCAACCGGCAAAGUACCCGCUCGCUCGCUCACCUGCCCACCGGUCCUGCCUGUCUUGCAAGCGGCCCCGCGAAGGCGCUGCCGGUGGGGGGGGGGGGGGUGGCCUUCUCACGGCGGUGCGAACUUGCUCGCGGAGAUGGGGAACGACAUCCAGCUCGCUCGUGAAUCGCACGCGUGCGCACACACACACACAA